AUGCAGGUGCAGCAGUUAGACAGCGACCUGAAAGACCGUUGGUCGACCAGUGGUGUCGUUGUUUUGAAUACAACACCGAACGGACCCGCAGAUAGAGCGCAACUUGAGGCUGGUGAACUCAUCUCUUAUGUCAUUGCAGAAUACUCUGUCCGAGAUAUUGGAGACUUUAACAGUGCUAUAAAACAGGCACUGGAUGAGGAUAAUAACUUCAUUCUUCAUUUAAAAGAUAAGCCGCCACUGCGUAUCGCGGUCCGCAAACAGGGGGAUAAGGUAGGACUCAGCGUUGAAGGCAGUGGCACUGUGCGUGUCAAGCAGAUUCAACCCGGUACCCCCGCGGCGAAUACCGAUAUUCAGGUAGGGGACAUCGUUGAGAAAAUUGUCGAUGAGCGCAAAAUUUAUAGCCUUAAUGAUUACAAGAAGACGCUCGGAAAACUUUCUGAAAAGCAGUUUGCGUUCCGAACCACUGAAUUAAUAGGCGUGAAAAUUGCCGCUGUGGACGCACUUGGAGAUUUAGGCGAUAUCCGUGCGGUUGAGCCACUCGUGGAUCUCUUCAAAAAUAGCACAGAGUUCUCGCUCCGGAAAGGAUCCAUUAAUAGUCUUCAACGCCUCGUUGAAUUGAGUGUCCUAAAUGACCUGUUUCAGGAGUUUCAAAGUGCGGAUGUGAACCAACUUCCAGUUGAUAGUCUUCAGGUACAGCCGUUAGAGUCUGCUGCGAUUCUUGGUUUACUCACUGUGGAUAGGAGCGAGAAUACCGCUACCCUUAAGGCUCCCUUCGGGACACAAUUCAGACACAGAUCCGAAGCACUUUAUCAAAGAAUUAACGAAGGACAAAUCGCUGAACUUGCGCAGGCAUACAUCCAAAUUGAAGUGGAACCGGAGCAGGAAAUUCGACGCGCCUGCCUUGCUAUACUCGGAAUUCUCAAACCAGCUUCUGCGAUUGAUGCCCUCAUUGCUGUUCUUGAAAACCUCUCAGAAAUUCCCGGCAUCCGCUUCCAAGCUGGGUUAGCACUCAGUCAGAUUGGUGAACCCGCUGUUGAUGCCCUCAUUACUGCGUUUGAAAAGGGGGACACCAGCACGAAGGAUAUUGCUGCUUCUGCUCUCGGGGUCAUUGGUGGAUCUAAGGCGCGGGAUCAAUUGAUUAAUGCCUUGGAAAGCAGCACUGAAUCCGCGAUUCAACUCACACUUGUCGACGCGAUUGCCAAAAUCGGCGAUGUGCCUUCAGUCCGAGCGUUAGAACGCCAGCUUCAACAGUACCAGCAGGACGAUGACAGUGGCGUGCGUAUCUUUCUGGAUGAGGUGUUCAGGAGUUUGGAAAAGGAAUCGAUGUAA